GUUUAUUUUCCCUCUCUCUAAUGCCUUCCCAGGCUUCCCUCACGCAAACACUAACAAGAGCUUCCGCCAUUAACAGAGCUUAACAAAAGCUUCACAAGCCUUUUCUUUUGACUGCUCACCGGCCCCUAUCUUGCUUGAAGAAAAUCCUAAGUGUAAAAUAUUUAAUAAAAUUUGGCCUGUUGACAGCUGAUUUACCAUUUUUCUACAAAAGUCCCGAUUUUUUAUCAUCCACGACACCACCAAGGAAUCUGAUAUCUCAGUUUUAGAAGAUUUUCAUGAAUUGAGUUUUGCCUUUUCGUUGAAUUUUCCUUUUUUCUAUUUCUUUGGUUCGUGGAUUUUCUCUUUUGGUAUUCGGUUACUUCUAUAAAUUCGCUUGUAUCACUCGUUUUGUCCACCAUUUCUAGUGAUUCUGUUGUCAGCUCCUGUUUCUUGAGCUGUUCAUACCUUUUGGGGAGCUCUAUUAAAAAUCCCAGCUUUGCCCUUUAUUUUGGAAAUGGUGAACAUCAGCAAUAAUAAGAACCUGCCGAUUGCCACCGCCGCCGCCGGCGGCGGCGGAUCCACCAGGUCAUGGACCUCCGCCGUUUCCGGUCAGUCCAUGUCCACUAGCGGCAGUGUUGGAUCGCCAUCUAGCCGGAGUGAGGCCACAGCUACAGCUGGGGAAAACACAUUUCUCUUGUUAAACAAUCUUGAUAUCAAAGGGGAUGAUAAUGGAUCUCAGGAGACUCCUGACAACAGAAGGAAGAAGAGAGGACAACGAGCAGCUGGAGGAGAUAAAAAUGGUCGAGGGCUUCGUCAAUUUAGCAUGAAAGUCUGUGAGAAAGUAGAAAGCAAAGGGAGAACUACAUAUAAUGAGCACCAGUAUGAAGAGAAAAACAUACGCCGGAGAGUAUAUGAUGCUCUAAACGUGCUAAUGGCUAUGGAUAUUAUCUCUAAAGAUAAAAAGGAAAUACAGUGGAAGGGUCUUCCGAGGACUAGUGUGGAUGACGUUGAAGAAUUUAAGGCUGAACGUCUUGGACUUCAAAAUAGCAUCGAGAAGAAAGCAGCUUAUCUAGAAGAGCUCGAGGAACAAUUUAUUCGUAUAAAUUAUCUGUCGACUCUAUGCUUUUUGCUGCAGUACAUUGGUCUUCAAAACCUCAUACAGCGCAACAAGCAAUUGCAUGGCUCGGAAAAUGCUCCAAAUGGUGGAGUUGCAUUGCCUUUCAUAUUGGUUCAGACACGCCCUCAUGCCACGGUGGAAGUGGAAAUAUCAGAAGAUAUGCAGCUUGUGCAUUUUGAUUUUAAUAGCACACCUUUUGAGCUUCACGAUGAUAAUUACGUUCUGAAGGCGAUGAAAUUUGGUGGAAAAAACCCACAAAAUAUUAAAAGCGAAAGCUCGAGCAUGGCCAACAUGUACCAAUCUCAAGCGAAUUGUUUUUCGAGGCCAAGUUUAACUCUACCCGGAAUAUUAAAGGCGCGUGUUAAACACGAGCGAUAGGUCGAAACUCAAACGAACAAUGGUUAAGUUAAAUCUUUUCACCAUAAUUUAUCGUCAUUUAUCGCAAAUGUAUAUCAUGUAAAGAUAUAUGGAAAGCAUAAGCAAAGAUGAAUGUCAUAGGAUUUUUUUGGAAUGAAUAACUUUUGGUUAGAUGAUAGAUUUCUGUUAAAUUUGUCAUACUUUUUAAGGAAUUUAUCAAUUGUAACAACAAUUAGUGAAGAUUGGAUUAAAUUUUGAAGGACCUUUUGAUUUAUGAGAA